GCGCCAUUCUAAAACUGCUACAGUAUCCAAAAUGGCAGGAGCUGAUGGAGACGACUCUCUGUACCCUAUCGCCGUUCUUAUUGAUGAACUGCGGAAUGAGGACGUCCAGUUACGUCUCAACAGCAUCAAGAAGCUGUCGACUAUCGCUUUAGCUUUGGGUGUAGAGAGGACGCGCACCGAACUCCUGCCUUUUCUCACAGAUACCAUCUAUGAUGAAGAUGAGGUGCUGUUGGCAUUGGCAGAGCAGCUUGGCAAUUUCACCAUGUUGGUGGGAGGGCCGGAGUAUGUCCACUGUCUCCUGCCUCCUCUGGAGAGUCUUGCAACUGUGGAAGAGACUGUAGUCAGAGACAAAGCUGUGGAAUCCCUGCGAAAGAUCUCUCAGGAGCACUCUCCGGUUGACCUGGAAGUUCACUUUGAGCCUUUAGUGAAGCGACUGGCCAGUGGUGACUGGUUCACCUCUCGCACAUCAGCCUGUGGCCUCUUUAGUGUGUGUUAUCCUCGUGUCUCCAGCACUGUUAAGGCUGAAAUUCGCCAACAUUUUCGCACCUUGUGCUCUGACGAUACUCCUAUGGUGCGCCGUGCUGCAGCAUCGAAACUGGGAGAGUUUGCUAAAGUUUUGGAGUUGGAUUAUGUAAAAACCGACAUUAUUCCACUCUUCACUGCUCUGGCCUCAGAUGAGCAGGACUCAGUGCGGCUGCUUGCGGUGGAGGCCUGUGUCAGUAUUGCCACUCUCUUGCCUCAAGAAGACCUGGAGACGCUUGUAAUGCCAACUUUGCGCCAGGCUGCAGAAGAUAAAUCCUGGAGGGUUCGUUACAUGGUGGCUGACAAGUUUUCUGAGCUCCAGAAGGCAGUCGGGCCAGAGAUCACAAAGAACGACCUGGUCCCAGCCUUCCAAAACCUUCUGAAAGAUUGUGAAGCUGAGGUUCGAGCUGCUGCUGCUAACAAAGUCAAAGAAUUCUGUGAGAAUCUCCCGGAGGACAAUCGUGAACAAAUCAUCAUGACUCAUAUUCUGCCUUGUGUCAAGGAACUUGUUUCAGACACAAACCAGCAUGUGAAGUCAGCUCUGGCCUCAGUCAUUAUGGGCCUGUCCACCAUCCUGGGAAAGGAUAACACAAUAGAGCACUUACUGCCUCUCUUCCUGACUCAGCUUAAGGACGAGUGUCCUGAGGUGCGUCUCAACAUCAUCUCCAAUCUAGACUGUGUGAACGAGGUGAUCGGCAUCCGUCAGCUCUCUCAGUCACUGCUGCCAGCGAUCGUCGAGCUGGCUGAAGAUGCCAAGUGGAGGGUCCGCCUGGCCAUCAUAGAGUACAUGCCUUUGUUGGCAGGACAGCUGGGAGUGGAGUUCUUUGAUGAAAAACUGAACACCCUUUGUAUGGCCUGGCUUAUUGAUCAUGUGUAUGCCAUUCGUGAAGCAGCCACCUCAAACCUAACCAAGCUUGUAGAGAAGUUUGGAGCCGAGUGGGCGCAGAACACCAUUGUGCCCAAAGUGCUGGGAAUGGCCAAUGACCCCAAUUACCUCCACAGGAUGACCACUCUGUUCUGCAUCAACGCUUUGUCAGAGGCUUGUGGCCAGGAUAUCACUACUAAACAGAUGCUGCCAGUAGUCCUAAAGAUGUCCAAUGAUCAGGUGGCCAAUGUGCGUUUCAAUGUGGCCAAGUCCCUUCAGAAGAUCGGACCAGUCCUGGAUAGCAACGCCCUUCAAACAGAAGUGAAGCCAGUGCUGGAGAAGCUUGCCUCRGACUCAGACAUGGAUGUGAAGUACUUCGCCCAGGAGGCCAUUAGUGUUUUGGCCCUAGCGUAACCAUCUCAACAUGCCUAAAGCAGAAAACCCCCAUAAACAAAACCACACAAACAGUUCUACAAGAUAUUUAUUGAUGUUCAGGAACAUCUGGUUAUUGUAUAGAGAAUAGCUGUUAACAGUUGUUUUACUCAGCCACCCUCCCCUACAAUUUUUUUUAUUUUGUUUUCUGUGUCCAGACAUCCUGAACAGCCUUCUUAGUUAACUGUCUUUGCUAUAAAUGGAUGCUUUUAUACAAGCAAAGUAAGAUGAAAUUGAAUUAAGAGGUGCAUGCUAACUAAUGUGCUACUGUACUCGCUAGGCAUUGCUAACAGACCCCCCCCCCACUCUUACAUUCCUCCCUCCCUCCCCCCACUCUCUCCCCCUGUAGUCCACUGUUGUACUUGAGCUUUGCUGCAAACCGUGUCUGUUUGCUACUUAGUAGGGCUCUGCUCUGGACCUUCCCUCUGAGCUAGAUGGAAACUUUCAGCUGCAAAUGGUGCAACAGGCUGUUUACUUAACUAAGCUUCCUCCUGAAUCAGCCCUUCAACAAGCGCUCUGUCCCCAGAGACACUCAGCUGGCUUUUCACACAAGUGAUUUAAACAUCUGUGUAGGUCAAGUAGUGUUUUUGUUUGUUUUUGUUCCUCCUUUCCCCACCAGACCAAACCUGUCCUUUCCUAAAUGCUUUAUAGGAUUUUAUUGUACAAACCCCUAACAAAGAGAAAAUAUGUGUGUUUGUUGAUGAUUGCAUGCACUCAUCACCCUCACUUUGUACUUUCCCAUCUCCAUCCACCAGACCAUCAUGUCCUCCUGCACUGUUUGUUCUCUGCAGCAGCACAGAUAUCACCUCAGCCCGAUGUGUAAUGGGGACCAGUCCAGUUUUAGCAAAUUACUCAUAAUUACCUCGUCUAAAUCCUGAUGAUUUUGUUGAUGAACCACAGUAGGAAGCAGAAGUCAGUUAUGUUUUUCUGCAUUAUGUUGUCAGUGUUGCUCUCAAUCAUUGUGCUAAUGAUUUUGAGUAGUUUGUUUUUAAGUACGCCUCAAAUUGUUUUGGUCCUGCCUUAUUGUGUAAAACGACAGCAUUCUUUUCAGAGUGGGACAUUUACGCUCGGUAAAACAAACUAAGAACAGCUACGAAAGUAAACGCAAAACCACAGAACUCUUAUUCCACCUAGUUUUCUUUGUAAAUCCUUGCCCAGUUCUCUUCUGGAGGGAUGUUGGGAGUCACUCCUUACAUCUUUAGAGCAAGUGAACUGGCGCUCGCUUUCAAGGAAAAACAGUUGGGUGUGAGUGUGUUCGUAAAUCCACUUUAUGUUUUUAUUUUGGGUGUGGGAGCUGGGGGUGUUUAUAAGACGGGUUAAAUAAACUUGUCGUUUGUGUUCAUAGACCUAUUUUUUUUGUCUUUUCCUAACAACUCUUAUUCCCUUCCCUCUUAUUCUGUUCUCUUAAGUAAACCUUGAAUGUUGAUUGUCCUGUAUCACAAAACAGUGCUUUGAUUUGUAUUUUGAAUUCUAUUUGCAGUCUGUAUGCUGUACUACUGUAUCUUGAUCCGAAUAAAGUAARACAAACCAGU